CUGUCGCGUGCCGCCCGGAAGCGCGCGAGGCGAGGGGCGCGGGGGCGGUCGCGGUCGCCAUGAGCAAGAGGAACCAGGUCUCCUACGUGCGGCCGGCCGAGCCCGCCUUCCUCAGCCGCUUCAAGCGGCGGGUCGGGUAUCGGGAGGGCCCCACGGUGGACACCAAGAGAGAACAGCUUUCCCUUGCGGAUGAUGACAGUGACAAUGGCAGUGACAGGGAAGAUGAGCAACCUCAAGUGGUGACACUGAAGAAAGGGGACUUGACUGCUGAAGAAGCAAUGAAAAUUAAACAGCAAAUCAAAGAGGCCUUAAAGUCAAAUGAAUCAGAUGAUGAACCAGAACCUGCUGAUGGAAAAAUUAUGUUCAGGAAACCAGCCAAACGUUCAUCAGAGAAGUGUUUGGACUUCAAUGUAAGCUCAAGUAAGAAGAUGAAAGAAGCAAAGAAAACUAAGAGGGAAGCAACUACUUCUCAGAGUACAGCUAAGCAAGUCAAAAACAGCAGUCUUCUCUCAUUUGAUGAUGAGGAAAAUGAUGAUUAGGGGUUGUAUUUUUUUACCUUUUACUUGCCCUUCUAGAGACCUAAAUAACAUUGAGGGCUUUCAUAGAAAUUGAAGCAUGGUGUCUGAGUUUUCUCUUACUUUGUUAUCGUCCAACUAGAGAAAUAUAGUAUAAAAUUAGCAAGAGCUAAGUCUUUGCAGUUAGUUGGAACUGUAUGUCAUGUCUUUAUUUUAAAAGAGAAUUUAACCAUGUAUGUAAAAGCUAUUUGAGGUCACAAUGAGUAGUAAGAUAUACCUGUAUAUAUUCAGCUUAUAGAUUUUCAAUCAAUCCAUUUUAAAAUGCCCUCCAUUACUAAAAAGUAUUUCCUCUGUAUUGAAUAGCCUUAGUUGACAGUUGUGUAGUUUUUACCUGUUAUUAUUGACAUUCAAGAGAGACACCUCAUUGCUGUGGAACAGAGACUGAAGUUUUCUGUCUCAUAGCUUAACUUUUGUUAAGGUUUGCACAACGUUUGCAUCUGUGAUUUGCAAGAUCAGCUCUUUGCAGAGCCUUACCGUAAAUGACGCUGCAGUUACUGAAGUCAUGUAGUCUUGAUCCUGUCUUUGGUGCAUUCAGUCUGAGAAACAUCAAAUUAGUUUGAAUUGGUUGUGAUAGCAAGGUAUAAAGAUUUUGAUUCUAGUUGAUGGUAUCAACUAAUACAAAAGAGGCCUAAACCAUUAGAGAUUGUGCAAUUUGGUUUUGACACUGAUGGGCUCAGUGGUUUGGUGGUGUUUUGGUUUUUUUUUUUUUAAUUAUAUUUGUUCCAGUUGGCUACUUAUGUUUCAUAAUUAUUUGGGAUCUCAGCUUGUUUAAAAAAAUGUAUUUCAUCUUUAAGUUGUGGAAAAGCAUUAACUUAGUUUUCUUCAAGUAGGGGGGAAGUUGUAAACAGGGAAUUUAAAUCAAGAAACACUAGCUGUUGUGUGUCUUGGUUUAAGACAGUUUCUGGGGCAGACACUCCAAAAUGAGUUACUGCCCCUUUUAGUUGUAACUGCUCCCCUUUCACCAAUAAGCAGAGAUGAAAGCAAGAACAUAUAAGUGAAAAAAUAACAGUUUAUUAAGAAAUGAAUUAGCAACAGGCAGAAUAACAGUAAUCAUCACUAGAUACAAAGGUGCUGAAUCCCAUGGACUAUCCAGGAACCAAGAAAACAAGGUAGCAGAGAAGUCCGUCCCCAAAAAUGUUGGCCUUCAUAAAAGACCACGUGGUCCAGGGGACAGAGACAAGCUGGUGGAGCAGCCCCUUCUCCUGACCAUGUGGUGGAGAGAGAACAAAGGGGAAAAAAGCCCCACAGCAUCUGACACUCUGUGAUUAUAAAAGUCCCUGCUGAAACUCUGAUUAUAAAAGUCCCUCUUCCCCCAAACAACAACCAAUGAGGAACAAGGACAAAACAAAAGGAAACCUGGACUCCAAAACCAAUCAAAUGCUGCCGAUCCGUUUGCUCCACAUCACCCAACAGGGUCUCUCUCCCGGCAGCAGCUCCAUCAGCAGUGGCAGCUGGAACUGGUCAGCAGCUGGAACUCGUGGAGGGACUUGGCCUCUUCCUCAGCAGAAGAUGACAGGCAGAUGGCUGGGGCAACCUGGACUCUGUGCCCUCCCGCUUCAACUGAGUGCUGCUGGUGGGCUGGAGUGACUGUAUGGAGCAGGAGCUGUUCUGUUUUUCCCACUGUGGUGCCAUGGCUGACAAUCCUGGGUGACAACAAUGAAAGAGAAAGGAAGGAAAAAAGGUCUGAAGAAAACGUCCUUGCUGGACCAGAGACCAAAACAAAGGGGAACUUCUGCCUUGCGCUGCCUCAGCUUCUCAGUAGCUAGCAGAACGAAAGAGAGGCCUGUGUGAGUGUUGUCCUACUUUUAAAGGUAUCCUGGCACCUCCUGCCUCCACGAACCUGGAGCAAGACCCUCAGGUUCUGCUUCUGACCCCCAGGUCUUAAAGGGAGAGUAACAAUCUUGGCAGGUGGAUGUAGAAAGAAAGUGACCAUUUCAGCACCUUUUCUGUAACAGGAUGUGCUGAAAUUCAAAACAACACUGAGAGGUGAUGGGAUUUGGGAGAACACGGUGGUGGAAAUGUGACUAGUGACUUUGAAAUUAUUUGGAUGUAUGGUGUGUUCUGUAACCAUAUGAAACCAGUUCUGCUGUGUGAUAGAACAGUCAAAAUUAUUUGGCCUGUAAAGCUUCGUUGAGGAGCAAAUUUCAAGUUGCUGUGUGAAACAGCUGGUUUUAGUUUGUUCAUCUGGUAUUAAACAAUAAAUUAUGUUUUCUUUUAAGUGGAUCAAAGAUAUUUUAAUAAAAAUUUCAGUACAUGAAAUGAGA